AUGGAUUUCUUGGAUUAUGUGGUUCUCAUUGCCAAUCUCCGUAAGGCGGAGCGGUCCAAGCUUAUCACGGGUAUUAAGGUGUCGACGGCUUGUCCCAUGGUUUCUCACUUGUUAUUUGCAGGCGAUAGUCUUUUUUUCUGUCGAGCUACGAAAGAGCAAUGUGAGUCUGUUCUCGGGAUCCUUCGACAGUAUGCACGGGUUUCUGGACAGAAAAUAAACUUUCAGAAAUCUUCGGUACAAUUUAGGCAUACAGUUGAUGCGGACUUACGAGAGGAACUAAAAGGAGUACUGGGGAUUACUAAUCUGGGUGGUAUGAGCUCUUAUUUGGGCAUCUGUGAGAGCCUAGGAGGUUCAAAAACAAAGGUUUUUUCAUAUGUCCAAGAUCGAUUGCAAAAAUGGACAGGUGGAUGGCCUGCCCGGUUGCUGUCUAGAGGGGGAAAAGAGGUAAUGAUCAAAUCAGUAGCGACUGCCGUCCCUACCUUUGUCAUGUCAUGGAAACUCACUAGUACGGUUUCCAAUUUUUGGUGGAGUGCGUCUGGGAACAAAUGA